AUGAUCGUCCCUUCGAAAUGUCCUCUUCCCGCAUGGGGUUUGGAAUUAGUCGCACCAACAGACAUUCUUGAACCCCCAUGGUCUCCAUCUAGAGAACCACCUCCACCACGUCAAUUAAGGGUCCUCGGUCUCGUUCCGCCAUUAUCUUCCAACCCUCCUUCGUCUUCCUCUCAUCGAUCUAUCUUUCAUGCUCCUUCUGCUGGAAGGCUUAUCCAACUUACGAAUAAAGUCUACUGUCGGACGGUCACUCAGGCAGCUUCUGGGCCUCUAGCCGCCACGCUUCCAAUGUUACAUCGUGCACAAUCUACCUGUCCCUUCCAAAUGCGAGAGGCACCUCUUGAGUUAGAACAGAAUCCUCCUUUCGGAGAUGUAACGAAUGGCGGGAAAAUCCUUCUGGGACUUCAAGAGUCUGGGGAUGGACCGCCUGUAUUUGCUGAUAUGACACAUGCACCUCCACCUCUGAGGAGCACUGUUCAGUGGAGUUGGAGAGCCUGGCUCGGUCCAACCGUUAGACGUUGGCACUUUGAGAAUUUCAACAUUCGACUUCAAUCGGAUAAACUUAAAAGAAUUACAAACUUCCCGGUGCUUGAUAAUUCAUCAAAAAAUUGUACGCCUCGUUAUGAACAAACAAAAAUAACCGUUACUGCUCGGAUCUAUACGACUCUUCCGGAUACUGGAGAACGGAUGUACCUCUCUGAUAUACAACCUGGAGGCGCACAUUUUGACGAUAUAAGCAGUCGAGAAUACAGUCACCUUUCCCAUCGUCCUGCUGAACUCGAUGUCACUCAUUUAAUUCCAUCUUGGAGCCUCCGGCUUCGGCCCUUCCCAUCUACAUCCGAUUUUUCCGCUUCCUCUCCUCGCCAACCUGCUAUCGUCUUCCGAAAUAAGCGUUCUCCUCAUCCGAUCCUCAUUGGCCGAAGUGAAGGUCAUGUUCGAAUCGAGUUGAUCGCUGCCCCCAAAGAUUCUCAACCAUUGGCUUUCAAAGACGUCUCUGUUGUUUCUACAGAAAAGAAUGACUUUGUGAGACUGAAGGUCGAGUGUGUCAGUUGGCUUAUUACUCUAUCUGGACACUUAGACCCGCAUCCAUCUGCUGAAACUUUACUCCGUUCUACAACCGAUUCCUUCGGUGUAGCAAUAGUAAAUGAGGAAGUAUCCCAAGCAAUUCUUCCAAAUGAAAAAGAGAUGAUAGCCGACUUCGCUAGCAAUCCUCACCCUAGAGUCCUUAAUCUCAUCAUACGAGGUCAAGAUCCAACUGACCUCAACGUUGUCACUGCUCAGAUGAACUCCGAUGAUCUUCAUAAUGUUUCAUUUUCCAAUCAGAAUGUUUUCUGCCCCCUUGGAAAGUUAGCCCUUUCCUUAGUUCUAGAAGACGGAUCCGAAAUGGGACUUCAUUUGCUUCCUGAAGGACAGGUUCGAGUAAGCGCGCAACUCCAAACAACAAGGAAACCCAUCGUUUGGGACCCUUCGAAAGCCCUUAGAAUUGCACCGGUCACUGAAGAAGGGAAAGCUCUUGUAGCGGCGGGUAAAAUUGGGCUUGGCCCAAUGAUCGAUGUCAAGAGCACAGCUCUUUGGGCUGGACAGCCUAUCUGCUCGCCUAGACCUUCAAUGUUUCUUCCAGACACACGUCCUCUUGUUUCGCUUUCUACAGGACCUCAAGAAGAUCCUGGUUCGCCAGUAGAUGGCCUCGACUGGGAACAUGACGCCAUUAAAAAAUUCCAUGUAGAUAUCGGAUCUACUCCUAUCAGUCCAUUCGAUUACUCUCGAAGUCAUUUUUUGGUUCCUCGGGACUCCCAAAACUCCGAUAAUCACAGCUUCACCGAUGCUCAAGCCGCAUCAUUCUUUUCAGUGCCAAUGAAGUACGCGCUUUUCAGUAUAAUCAUCUUCAGCGCCAUAUUCUUCUCGGUGGGGUGUCUGGCUCUCAUAAUCGCUCGUCGCCGAAGGAUCGUGAAAAGGAGAAAGGCUCGUAUUGAAGACGACCCUAAUAACCCAGUUAAUGGAGUAAAGCUACCAGAAGGAAUUUUCCCUGUAUCGCCGCAUAUGUCAACCACAACUGCCGCCACGGCUACAACAAUGAAUCCUGGUUUGAGUUGUAGUAGUGUUUUUUCUGGUAAUAGUGGAGGGGCGCAUACACCUGCUCAAACAGCGGAGCUAAUCAACCAGUGGACUGGAAGACAGUCUCAUCAAAUCCUUCCUCAGCCUCAGUGUAGCUCCUGUAGCAAUUCAGUUGGCACUAGAAGCCCGGAGUUAGAUAUCAUGAAGAAUGAUUUGAGAGCCAGUGCCAUGGUUGAUCUUCGAUUUGGUCAGGUUAAUGUACCGUCCAUGAAGCUGAAUUCUCCUCAAGCUGGAAUAAUGUCUCUAGCCAGUCCCAACUUUUCAAGCAAAUGGCGAGCAUCGGAGAGUCUGGGCAGUGCUCCCAGUAGUCGAAACACAGGGUCUCCAAGUACCAAUGACGAAGGAUUUGCGCCAGGACCCCUCGAUUUACAAGCAAAGCGUCAUAUUUACUCAAGGGGUGACAACGGAGGUUGGAGUCUCGGAGUUAGUCAAACAAUACAGUCGCCAUGCCCAUGUCAGAAUAGUUCGCCUCACACUAGCCAUCAUUCCUCUGAUAUUAUUCGAGGAAGUACUUGUGGAUAUAACCAAGGGGGAUAUAUGGGAACCAGUAUGGGAGGUCCAGACAGCAACCGAUUUUACGGAGUUCGGUCAGGAGAUUCCAUACCUCCUAGACUUACUCUUGCGCAUGAUCCUGAGAGUAUUGGUACUUCGAAGUACCUCUCUAAGUUGAAUAAACCCCCUCCUUCUCUUCUCAUCCCCUCAGGUAUGAUGAAAAUGGAGACGUCCCAUACAGCAGGAGCAGGAUUCAUCGGUGAUACGACAGAAGACAAGAUUUUGAUGGAUUCAGGGAGGGAGUCACAGGAUAAAACGAGCUCAAGUGGCACUAGUUCUGGUAUGAAUAAAGACUUCUCUUCUCUAUCGGGUAUUGAAAUGACCCAAGUCGAUGUAUAA